CGAAAGGGACAGAAACAGCAGAUGACGGAGGAAAUAACCGUAGAAGAAGUAGGUCAAUUACCUGCGACAACAGUUAUAGAAGGACCAGUGGAAGAAAUUGUCGAAGAAACGGUUCUUCCCGUUCCACGUCACGAAUUUGCAAAGUCUCUUGAAGAGAAAGAAGUGAGUGAGCAAGUGACAGUGAUUGGAAAAAUAAUCCAAGACGAGGUACCAAAACAUGCCGCUAAAAAGAAAAUUACCAAACACUUAAUUCUUGAACAUACGACAGACAGCAAUGAAAAUAAAGGGGAACAGGGGAUAGAAACCACAAAUUAUCUUCAUGCAGACACAACACCAGAAAUACAUGAUAAACCUGUAAAAAAACACGAUGGAUUGAUAAAGUAUAAAGUCAAUAAAGAGAUUGUAGGAGGUACCAAAGAUGAAAUAUAUCAGGAAGAAGAAUUAUCUGACAAUAUACCUGCGGAAGCUGUAGAUGAAAUUGUGAUUAAAAAAGCAGAGCUUCAAAAGGCUCAACUUCUUAUAGAUGAAGAAGGCUCGGUGGAAAUUACGACAAUUGAUGUCAAGAAAGCACCAGAAGAGAAAAUAUCUAUUAUCGAAGAAAAAGAGAGCACUGAAAAGCCGAUACAGAAAAUUGCUAAAACAAAGAAAGUACCGAAGAAGAAGGAACAACGCCCUAAAGAAAUCGAGGAGAUAAAAGUAAAGGAAGUAGUUGAAAUGCCAAUCACAGAAUCAAUUAAAGAAAACAAACAUGUGAUAGAAACUACUGAUGUUCUUGAUGAAAUUGUACAGGAAAUUCAAAUGGAUAUGCCAAAGAAAGAAAAGGCUAAAUCUAUGGUGGAAGCUAGAGAAGAAACUGUUAUGAUUACAGAAUUAGAAACUAUUGAGAAACCAGUGGCAAAAAGUGAAAUAAUAGAGAAAGAAGAAAUAACUGAAAUUAUUGAAACACCAACCAAAAAGAGAAUAAAGAGAAAAAAAGUAAAAUCUCAUGAAGAUAAUAUACCCGAAGAAAUUCUUGAAGAAAUUAUUUUAGAAAAACCAGAUAUGGAACAAGCUCGAACCAUAUUCUCUCCUACAGAAAGUAUCGAAAUUACACAAAUCUUAACUGAAUCAUCCAUUACUAAAUUCCCAGAUGAUAAGACUACACCAGAAAAAGCUGCCGUGCACGAAAUUAUAAAGGAAGAACCCACAUUAAAGAAAAUUUUACAGGAAGAGACAAAGACUAUUCCUGUUCAAGAAGAAAUUACUAUUGAAACUACUAGGGAAAUAGUAAAUGGAGAAAAACCAAAAGAAGAAGAAGUACAAUUAACUAUCAUAACAAAAGAAGGGCUUAAUGUUACUGAAACAAUUUCAGACACUUCCACCGAAGAUUUCUUCGAAAAAGUAAAACCAAUAAAAGAAAAAAUACUGCCAGUCAAAGAAGAGGAGUCACAAGUUGGUAUAAAAGAAGUCAUUGUGAAAACAGUACCAACAAAGGGUGAACCAAUAUAUGCAAGUGAACAAGUUGAAGAAGGAACUGUCGAAGAUAUUACAUCAGAAAGACCAAUCCAAGAAAAAGCGGAAAGAACAAUAAUUACAAAUGAAGGAAUAAAAACUACAGAAAUUAUUUCCGAAAUUACAACCAGUGAACUAGAUAAAGGUAAAACACCACAAGAAGAGCAAAUCAUUCCUACACAAGAGACGGAUGAAAAUAUAAAAUCAGCAGAUGUAAUCAUAAAGAAAAUGCCACUUGUUAACAAAAAAGCUACAGAAGUGAAGGAAGAUCGGCCAGAAGAAGCAGUGGAGGAUAUAAAAAUAAAGAAACCUACAAAGGAAAAAGCUAAAAAGGAUAUACUUUUACAAGAAAGUGUUGAAAUUUUGGAAGUAACAACAGAAAUAAAACCUGAAGAAUUUGUUACAGAAAAAAUAAUUAUUGAAAAAGAAGCAGAAACAAGUGUUGCGCCAAUAGAAACUAUUAAGAUUACUGGAGUUACUCCUGCUGUAACAGAUGGUAAAAUAACAGAGAAAGAAGAAGUAAAACCUGUGAGAAUUGAUGUUGAGGAAGAAAAAGAGAAAGAAUUAACUCCAGUUAAAAAAGAGGUAAUUCAAGAGGAAGAUAAAAUGAUAGAAGAAAUAUCUGUCAAACCUAAGAUGGAACAGACAAAAAUAGAUAAAGUUGCAGUAAAAACUAAGGAAGUGGCAGAAGUAAUUCCAGAAACUAAAAUGGAUGAUACUUUAAUCAAGAAAAAACCAAAGGACAAAUUAAAGGAAGUAACAUCAAUACGUCCCGAAGAAACAAAGGAAUUUGAAAAACCGAAAGAAGAAAUUGUGACCACUGUAGAAGAAAAACCUAAAAGUACCGAGAAAAAGAAAGAAAAGAAAGUUGUGAAGAAAAAGAAGAAGCCUGUCAAAACAGAUAUAGAAGAAUGGGUAGAACCUGAGUACGAAAGACCUGUACUAGAGCCAAUGCCAGAAAAAAUUCAAUGGGAACCAACGAAAAAGAAGGAAAAGAAAAUAUUACCUGAAUCUGUUCAAAAGUUGAUUCCACAUAAGAUAGUAAGAAAAGAAAUUAAACCUACAAAACUACAAUAUAUGGAACCAUUCCAAGAAAAAGUUCAAUUUGGUACAAUUAAGCUGAAAAAAGUACCAAUUAUUAAGAAAAAAGCAAUAACGGAACCAAUUUUCCCUAAAAUCAUGUUACGAAGUAGAAUUACAUUUAUCGGUGACUAUCCGACAGAACUACAGAUGCCAAAAAUUACUUAUAUGGAAAAGAAUCCCGUACAAGCCGGCAUUUUAUCUAGAAACACAGAAGAAGCAUUAAAAAUUAUCAAGAAGCAGUACAAAAAGCCUAAAAUAUCAGAGAAAGACAUAACUGAAUUAGAGAAAUUAGAUAAAGAAUUCGAAGAAUUAAAGAAAGUUCCUUUGGAACAAAUAGAGGAUAAAUCCAUCUAUGAACGUACACCCAAAAAAUCCCAAGAAACGCCCAAAGAACCGCAAAAGCUUAUUAUUGGUAAGGGUGAAAUAAAACAAGAAGCUAAAAUUGUACCGGAAGAUGUUAAACUAAAGAAAAUAUCGGUAGAAACGCCUGAACAAGUAACAGAAACUAAACAAAAACCUACAAAAGAAGAAUCUCUAGAAGAUACGCUUCAGAAAAAGAAAGAUAAACCUAAAGAAACACUAACAUUUGAUGAAUUUAAACCAACAGAAUUCGAUAGUCCAGAAAUUGAAAAAUAUAUACCUGAAGAAUUUGAAACGCCCAAGAAACCGGAAAUCGAACCUGUCUCAAAGCCAUAUGAACCAUCUAAGAAAAAGAAACCUGAACAAGAUAUCGAGCAAAUCCCUCUAAUAAAGGGCAUACCAAAGCCACAUGAGCCCGAGGAGGAACCCGAGGUCAGGUUUCGAAUACCAACCUCAGAAAAACCGGAAGAUGAGCCUGAAACAAUAACUUUAAAAGGCUGGAAAAAAGAUAAACCUGAACAAGAAAGUUCAGAAGAAUAUCCAACGAAGGAAAAAGACGCUCCAAAGAUGCCCAAAGACAUUACUGAUGAAGAUACAGUAAAGCAGAAGAUAAAACCAAAAAAGAUUAAGGAGAAAACAAAGAAACUAGUUCCAGAGAAGGAAGAACAUAUACCAGAAGAAAUCACUGAAAAAGUAACAUUAAUGAAACCGAGAAAAGAUUCCCUUCAGAAAGAAAUCGCUGAAGAAGUGACGAUUAAAAAACCGGUUAUCGAAGAAAGAACAGAAGAUGUCGAAGAAGUCACUGAAGAAGUUACGUUAAAAAAGAAACCAAAGAAGAAACAGGUCACUGAGGAAGCUGCUGCUGAAAUCACCGUAAAGAAACCCAUUCCGAAGGAGAAAAAAGAAAUAUCAGAAGACGUUUCCGAAAAAGUAGUAUUGAAGAAGCCGAAAAAAGAAAUUCUUGAAGAAGUCGCGGAUGAAGUUACAAUUAAAAAACCUGUAGUAGAAAAGAAGAUUGAAGAUGUUGAAGAAGUUACUUUGAAAUCUAAGCCAAGAAAAAAGGUGAUUGAAACGGAAGAAAUAUCGGAAGUAACUAUUACAAAACCCAUCGAAGAUAAGAAAGUGGAAGAAAUUAUAGAGACAUCCACGGAUGUAUUGUUAAAGAAAAAAGUGCCAGCACCAAAAAUCGAAGAUGUAAUUUCAGAAGAAUUAACUGUUCGGAAAAUGGAGAUUGUGGAACAACCUGAAGAAGUAAUUGAAGAAUUUACUUUGAAACGUAAACCACCGAAAAAAGCACCAAAGCCAAUUGAAGAAAUUUACGAAGAUGUUACUUUACGUAAAUUACGACCAAAGAAAAAAUCUAGACCGGAUAUCAAAGAAGUUACCGAAGUGGAGAAUGUGACAUUUAGACCACGUUCUACAAAGACAAAAGAGGACGUCGAACAAGAAUUUAAAAUAUCAUUAAAUACAUAUGAAGAAGAAGAUAUUUCUAUGUCCGGUAAAGUGCGCUUAAAACCAAAAAGACGACCACUUACAUAUUCUGAAGAAACUGGCGAAGAAACAAUCAAAAUCAUUCAAGAAAUCGAAGAUGAUUCUGGUCCAAUUAUCGAAGAGAUCAUUGAUGAAUCGGAAGAAGAAGGUAAAGAGGAAUAUAGCAUCGAAGAACUUGAUAUUGACGAAAUGAAUAUACCACUGAGACGAAAGAAAAAGAAACAAAAAGCCCCAUAUGCUGUAGAGGAAAUUGAAGAAGAUAAUGUCAAAUUGCAAUUAAAACGCGAUAGAAAAUAUUCGUAUGAGGAAACUGAUGCUGAAUCCUUGGCGUUGAAGUUGAAGAGCAAAAGACGUAUUUCCACGUUCGAAGAAGAAGAAGCUUCUCUCAGUAUUACUAAAGAAGAGGAAAUAUCCGAAGAAGUCGACGAACUUGAAUAUGUGGUUCGUGAAGGUGAUACAAUGUUUUCAAUUUGUUCUUAUAUUGCCGAGACGGAAGAAGCUAUUAAUUUAGUAGAAGGGGAAAGAGUUUAUAUCAUCGAUCAUACCAAUCAGGACUGGUGGUUUGUAAAGAAACACUUGACUGAAGAAAAGGGUUGGGUACCAGCACAAUAUUUAUUAGAUGAGGCACAUUACACUAUUUACUUACAACGGAAAUUGAAUGAAAAGAUUGAUAAAUUACCAAUCUUUGAGAAGCCGGCCCCUGGAGAAAAAGCCUCAGCACCAAGAUUUAUUGAGAAAUUACAACCAAUUCAUACGUUAGAUGGUUACACUGUUCAAUUCGAGUGUCAAGUAGAAGGCAUACCAAGACCACAAAUAACUUGGUUCCGCCAGACCGCUAUUAUCAAGCCAUCUACUGAUUUCCAAAUGUAUUAUGACGAAGAUAACGUUGCUACCUUAAUAAUCAGAGAAGUCUUUCCCGAAGAUGCCGGUACUUUUACCUGCGUUGCAAAAAAUGCUGCAGGAUUUGCAUCCAGUACCACUGAGCUCAUUGUCGAAGCUCCUUUGUCAGAUCACGGAUCGGAUGUUACUGGUCUGUCGAGAAAAAGCCUUUCGAGAGAAUCAUCUCUUGCGGAUAUAUUGGAGGGUAUACCACCUACAUUUUCUCGAAAGCCGAAGGCGAAAUAUGUAAAUGAAAAUGACGAUGUGAUACUGGAAUGUCGAUUAGUUGCUGUACCAGAACCAGAAAUAACAUGGUACCAUAAAGAUGCACCGGUAGUUAGUGAACAAAACAUUAUAGUUGCUACCGAAAGCGAUAUGCAUAUGUACUGCAGCGUCGUAAAAUUCACUAAAAUUCAAAAGAAGCAGGAAGGAAGAUACAAGAUAAUUGCUAAAAACAGAGAGGGCGAAGCCACUAUCGAUAUUCCUGUAAAGGUGAAAACUGGAAAGAGCGAACCACCCGAGAUUUUAGAACCGUUACAAUCUCACGUAGUCAAGGAAGGUGAGACCGUUGUCUUAUCGACUCAAAUAGUCGGUAAUCCAUCACCGAAAAUAAUGUGGUACAAAGACGGGAAGCCGAUAAAGGACUUGCAAUUAAAGCAAGACGGACAUGUUAAUACGUUAAACUUAAUCCAACCUCAACUAGCAGAUAGUGGGGAAUACUUAGUCACAGCUAUCAAUGAUAUGGGCAAAGCUGAGACUCGGGCUACAUUGACCGUUGAAAUUAACUCCGUAGCACAGAUCAACAUUAACUUUCAACAUUGUAUAAACGACAAGCAUGUUUCAUUUAUCAAGGAAGUACCAAGUGGCGCCCCAGAACCACCAUUGUUCACCAAACGUUUCCAAGAGAUAAUCGUUCCGGAAAGAGGUACUUUUAAGUUAGUUGCCAAAGUCACUGGAAAUCCCGUUCCUGAAGUUACUUGGCUUAGAAACAACAAGCCGCUUGAUAAAUCGGCCAAUAUCACAGAAAGUUAUGACGGCGAAAAUAUCUCGCUCGAAAUUAAAAAUGCAGAUUCCGAAGUAGACGCUGGAGAUUAUAAAUGUGUCGCCAGUAAUCCAGUCGGAAAAGCUUCUCAUGGCGCAAAAGUCACGGUGGAUGUUGCUAAAGUCUCUUUCACAAGACAUUUGCAAACUGAAGUCGUAAUCGAUGAGUAUAAAAUUCUGGAAUUAAGCUGCGAGACAUCCCAUACUGUUUCUACGGUAUGGUGGCAUAAUGACAAGGAAAUCAGCGGGAUGGAUCAUCGCGAGAUAAUGCAGGAAGGUCGUAUACACAAGUUACUUAUUAAGAAGAGUGGCCUUUCCGACGCAGGAACGUACAAGUGUACCGUCAAGAACCAAAUGACAUCUAGCAACGUUAUUGUUCGGGCCACCAAGCCGGAAUUUGUCAAGAAACUGCAGGACAUUGAGGUAAAGGAACGCGACGUGGCGAUUCUGGAGGUUGAGAUCACAUCCCAAAUGGCCGACGUUACAUGGCGUAAGGAUGGCGAAUUACUGACACAGAGUAAGGGAAAACUAGAAUUCGUGAAAGAUGGUACCGUGAGAAAACUUUUCAUCAGAAGCGCAUCAGUUCACGAUGAAGGUGAAUAUACAUGCGCUCUUCCGGACCAAGAAUGUACAGCAGAAGUUACGGUUGUCGAAUUACCGCCGGAGAUCAUUACCAAGAUGCAAGAUACAACUGUAGCCGGAGGGGAGAAAGCGACUUUCGACAUAGAGUUAACGAAAGGUGACGCUCUGGUACGCUGGUUCAAGGACGGACAAGAAUUGCAAUUUUCUGAGCACGUGCGAUUGUCGAUCGAUGGCAAGAGACAGAAAUUGAAGAUCUAUGAUACCGAAGUAGAAGAUGCAGGCAUCUAUUCUUGUCAAGUUGGCGACCAAACUUCGUCAGCUAGGCUGACGGUCGAAGAACCCGAAGUAGAUUUUAUCAAAAAAUUGCCAGACGUUACUUUAGUACCGGUCAACACCGAUGCAACUUUUCUUAUUGAGUUAUCACGUGCCGACGUGCCAGUAACAUGGUUAAGGAAAAAUGAGACAAUCGAUUAUACGCAAUCGUCGAAAUACAGUAUUAUCGAUGAAGGAAAUAUCAAGAAGCUCAUCGUUAAGAAAUGCACAACCGAAGACAUUGCUGAAUAUACCGCCACAGUUGCCAAUGUAAAGACAUCAUCCAGAUUAAAAAUCGAAGUUAUUGAAACACCGCCUAGAAUUUACCCUGAUACGCUCAGAAAAUACAAAACGAUGAAAGGCGAUGACAUUGAUAUCAUUGUGAGAUUCACGGCUAAGCCAACUCCAACUGACGAGUGGACAGUCAACGGUCAUGUUCUUAAAAAGUCUAAGCGAAUUAUUCCAUCCAUCGACGAAUGCUCAGCCGUUUUAACGAUCAGGGAUGCACAAGAAAAAGAUUUUGGUGACUAUAAUUUACAAUUAACUAAUCCUCAUGGAGAGGACAGUAUAGAAAUCAACGUCAUUGUUGUGCAGUUACCCGGAGCACCAGGAAUUCCGGAACCUCUUGAAAUAACCGACAAUAGCAUUACGCUUCAUUGGAAGAAACCAGAUUCAGAUGGGCACUCCUCGAUCAUAGAAUACAUCUUAGAAUAUCGUGAAAAGACAGAAACUUCAUGGAGCAAAAUCACAGAGACGAUAAUCGAAACUACGUAUCAAUUGACAAACUUAGUCGCCGACAAGGAAUAUACCUUCCACGUAACAGCUGUUAACGAAGCUGGCCCGGGGGAGGCAUCUGCGGAUACGCCGUACCUAAGAAUUUCUAAGCUAUCAGCGUCCGAGCCGCCGACCGUUCUUGAAGCACUCAAGAGCAUCGUGAUUGGAUUAGGAGAGGUUGUCACACUUUCUUGCGUAAUUGGCGGUGUACCGACACCUCGUAUUACGUGGUUGAAAGAUGGCGAAGCUUUCGAAGAUAAUGACAUUACGUAUGAAAAUCACGUGGCUAAAUACACUAUUCGAAAAACGACCGAGACGUCUUCGUCCACCUUUACGGUAAAAGCUCAAAAUGAUGCGGGAAUGGCGGAAACAUCGUGUCGAUUAAAAAUUCAAGAAUCCCCAAAGAUCACCUGCGACGAAAAUUUAAGGAAUCAGAGAUUAACAGUGGGCGAUCAUUGGAAGGUCGAGAUUAAUUUGACUGGUUUCCCAAAACCGGAAGUAACAUGGUCGAUAAAUAAUACGGAAAUAACUGAUAAACGCAUUUCCAUUGAGACUAAAGAAAAUACAUCUAUUAUUACGAUUCCUUCACUUGUCAGAGACGACACAGCUAACUAUACAGUGAAAGCAUCGAACGAAGCCGGCAGCUCGUCGAUGGAAUGUCAUCUUCGUAUCAUAGAUAAACCAAGUAAACCCCAGGGACCAGUUGUCGCGAAAGAAAUUAGACAAGAUCGCGUCACCAUAGAAUGGCGACCGCCGAUUGAUGACGGCGGUGUGGAAUUGGAAAGCUAUACCAUCGAGAAGUGCGAAGCGAACAAGAAAGUUUGGACAAAAGUAGGUGAUGUUGACAAAGAAGUUGAGAAUUUCUGCGCGCAGAAAUUACAGCAGGACGUCGACUAUCUAUUCAGAAUAGUCGCUAAAAAUGCGGUCGGACUCUCAGAUCCUUUGGAAUCCGAACCAAUUCGAACAAGGACUUCAUUUGACACACCAGGUCCGCCGAGAGGACCGCUCCAAGUUUUUGGAAUGACGAAAACGUCGUUCACAUUGAAAUGGGAAUCACCUGAGAACGAUGGCGGUACUCCUAUCACAGAAUACAUCGUUGAAAUGAAAGAGAUAUCGAAGAAAGCUUGGAAAAAAAUUGCGAGUACAAAAGGGGAGGUCACUAAUGUUACUAUAUCCGAUCUGAAAACAGAUACGUCAUACAAUUUCCGAAUAACAGCUAGAAACAACGUCGGUGCUGGUCCUCCGUAUACAGCGGAGGAGGCGAUUACAGUCGGUAAACGACCAAAAAUAAUCAAGCUUACAGAAAACAGCAUGUACGCGCUACUAGGCAUAUUUCCAUCAACCAAAAUAAUGGUCGUUAAAACACCACCUUCGUGCCCUCUAAACGUUCGAGCGGCAAAUGUCACAAGCAAGAGCGUCACUCUCAGUUGGUCACCACCGUUUACAACAGGAGGAUCAGAGUUGACAGGCUACGUAAUCGAAAAGAAACCAUUGAUCGGGAAAGGCGCCCGGUGGACAAAGGUUGUCACUUUGGACGCGACAACACAUCAAUACUGUAUAGAGAACCUAAAGGAAAGCGAAUUUCUCUUUAGAGUCUUUGCUGAAAACAGCAUAGGUCUGAGCAUACCGAGCAAUUCCGAGCCGGUCACACUAAAAACUCAUGCCAAUGUCCCGUCACCACCUACCGCUCCAUUAGAGAUGAGGCAGAUUGCGGCGAAUACAAUGGUAAUCGAAUGGGGUAGACCCGAGUCAGACGGCGGUGCCUCUCUAGAAGGAUACAAAAUCGCUAUUAGAGACGCGAAGAAAACAAUGUGGAUGGAAGUCGGGAGAGUUAGCGCGGACAUUCAGAAACUCAAUAUCAGAGACCUGCAGGAGAACCACGAAUACCUCGUGAGAAUUUUCGCACGAAACGAGAUCGGAUUCAGCGAUCAUUUGGAAUCGGAAGAACCCUUUAAGAUCGUACCGACAUCAGAACUGUCGUGCGUGGAACCAAUUGCAGAAGCUGUGGACAAAGGUGAGACCGCAUCGGUGAGUUUCAGCACGGAAAACACGAGUUCAUGGUUGCGAGAGCAUAAUAUGGACGCCGACAUACAUUCGUAUGCGAGAGCGAGAUUACUUGGGAAAGACGAGUACUUUUUCCGCAUUUGGCACUAUGCUAAAAAGCUGUUUGAAUAAGCAUUUCUACGUACGUUUUUGUGUAAUUCUCAACAUUUCUAUUGUGGAGUGUCGGCGGAUAUAAUUGAUCCCUUUCGCAUUUGCGAUUUCAUUCUUUCUUCCUCAUCGAAACAAAUCAAAUCAACAUGUAUAUUUAAUCACUGUGCUUGAACCUGUCUCUAGUGUGAUAACGUCGCUAAUCGUUCCUCUGUAAAAUCGUGUAACAAUUACAUAUGCAUGUUGAAAUGAAUAUUCUCGCGAGACUGUUGUAAACGAUAGUGUUUACCGAGUGAUAAUCUAGUUUUUCUCCGAGGCUUUUAGCAGACUGCUCGGAAAAUGUAGGUACCGUAUGAGCAGUUUUAUCAAUUUUCCGUCAUUAAUACGCAUCGUUAGAGUUGCAUUCACGACCAGCGGCAAUGGUGACGAUGCUUUGUGACUACAUAACGUUCGUUUCUAUUUGUAUGGCGAAGCCAGAGCUAGCCAGAGAUUAUUUUAGUAUUUAUUCUUCAAGUAUAUAGUGUACAUUAAUUGUUUCUCGUUACUAGUAUCGAUAAUAUUAUAUUUACUUUGGAUUAAUAUUGUUAAUAAUAUUGAGACAUCAGUUAACGAAGAAAUAUCGUACGCGUACCUGGUAAGAGAGACGUCAAAUAUAGGUGCCAUUACAACAUUAUCAACCAAUGGACGCGUCGUAUAUUUCGCGUUACUUACGUAAACUUAUAUCAUACAUAUGUAACUAUUGUAAAAUAUUUUAUUUAUCGAUUAAAUUAUUACAAAUUAUA